UUAUUGAGGUCAAAUCUAUUAUUAGAGAUCCAGAGGAAUACAAUCACCUAGUAGAAGAAACUCAUGUAGACGACAAAGAGUUUGAAGAUAUUGUACACUUGGUGAGGAGAGGCUACAGAUUAAAGGAGAUUGAUUGGAGGAACAAAAUUGUUGAAUACAUUUCUGCGGAGGCAGAGUUGGGGCAGCAAUUGUCAGAUUCUGCCAAACUGGACAAGAUCCUUAAACUGGUUGCGGACUUCAACAGAAGAUUAGAAAUACUUGAAGUGGUUCUAAAAGUCAGAAACAACAUGGAAACAUAUAACGAGUCCGAGCUUGAAGGAGACAAAGAUAAAAGUGAAGAGGCUGGACAAAGUAAUACUCAUGAAGAUAUUGGGAAAGAAGAUAGGGUUUUUGAUGAAAAUGUGAAUAGCACUUUUGAAGAUUCAUUUCGUCAAGCAAACACCCAAGAUGGAAGUUAUGCCGGCGAAGAUGAAAAUACCGAAAAGAAUGACAAUUCUGAUAAUGCAGAAGAAGGAACACCAAGGAAAGUCAAGGUAAGCAGAAAGGAUAAGAAAAACAGUCAACAGAAGGCAAGAAGCAGUAAAAAGAAAGUUGUUAGAGAGAGAAAGGAGAAAAAGUGUAAAGAAGGAGACAAUGCUGAAGAAAAUGUUUCUGAAAGAAAAGAGCAAAAGAAGCGUAAAACAAGUAACAAUCAAAUGUUGAUGAUACAACAAAAGCUAUGCCACGAAGAAAGAAGAAUAAAGCUGAUAUUGUUGGUGAAGUAAAAAGGAAAAGUGAACAAAACCAUGCUCCAUCAAUUCACACUCAGUGGCCUUACACGGCUGAGAAGAAAAGGCACCCAAUUGUUCAUCCCUUUGAAAAAGUUGAUACAACACGGGUAGAACUAUUGGCUAAAAGGAAGAGUUCAAGGAAAACAAAGCCUCUAACAAUUCUAGGUAACAAAGUUGAUGCCAAAUGGUUCACAACACCUGAGACGCCAGGAAAAUCAACAACAGCAGCUCAUAUUGAUGCAGCGGUCCAGCUAUAUAAGCAAAGAAAAAAAAGUCAUCCUGAUAUUUAUGUCAACAAAGAUGCGACAUUAGUGGAUUCAAAAAAUUUUCAGGCGAUUGAUGAUUCCUACGCGAUAUUCCUUGACGACAAAUAUGGCUUUGACUUUGAAGAUGAAUGUUUCAGUAAGGUGUUUAAGGAGAAACGCACAAAAGUCAUAUUUGCACCAAUGUGUGUCGAGGAACGGUUGUGGAUACCACUAGAGAUUAAUUUGGCCUCACGAUCAAUCCAUACCUGGGACAAUGCAUCAUCAUUUUUAGUGCUAUAUCAAUGCCAUAUAUUACACAUAAGAAGUUUCCAAUGGUAGAGAAGACUGAUGACUCUCCGACAACUGUACACAGGUUAACAAGAUUGAAGAUAGUGGUGUGUACAUGGUAAAGAUAAUGGAAAGCUAUGCAAUGUCUAAAAGGACUAAUGACGAGUUCCUGGAACACAUCAUUGCAGAUAUCCGAAAGAAACUCGCGGUUGACAUAUUUGCUGAAUUAGUAUGAGUAUUUUAUUAUACAUAGGACUAUGGAUGACUGCUAAAGAGUGGUGUAUGGAGAACUAGGACAUAUUUUAUUUUACUUUUGGUAACUAUGUCGAUUAGAAAACACUUGUUGAAAAUAUUAUCUUUUGAAUACUUU